AUGCCCCGCCCCUUCCUGGGCCCCUUCUCCUCCCCCCCGUCGUACCUCAACGGCGAGUAUGCUGGUGACUACGGGUGGGACACCGCGGGCCUGUCCGCCGACCCUGAGACGUUCGCCAAGAACCGCGAGCUGGAGGUGAUCCACGCCCGCUGGGCUCUUCUCGGCGCCCUGGGCUGCCUGACCCCCGAGCUCCUGGCCAACAACGGCGUCGAGUUCGGCGAGGCUGUGUGGUUCAAGGCCGGUGCCCAGAUAUUUUCCGAGGGCGGCCUCGACUACCUCGGCAACCCCGGCCUGAUCCACGCACAGUCCAUCCUGGCCAUCUGGGCUACCCAGGUCAUCCUGAUGGGCGCCGUUGAGAGCUACCGCGUGGGUGGCCUCGAGGGCUUCCAGGAAGUUGAGGACCCCCUGUACCCCGUCGGUGCGUUCGACCCCCUGGGUCUGGCUGAUGACCCCGACACUCUCGCGGAGCUGAAGGUGAAGGAGCUGAAGAACGGCCGCCUCGCCAUGGUGUCGAUGUUCGGAUUCUACGUCCAGGCCAUCGUGACCGGCAAGGGUCCCCUUGAGAACCUGUCCGACCACCUGGCUGACCCCACCGUGAACAACGCCUGGGCCUAUGCCACCAACUUCACCCCCGGCCAGUAA